CGUGAUAAAUUUAUAUGAAAAAAUUUUUAAUAUAAAAAUCUAUUAUUGCAAUUACAUGAAUUGUAGUUAUACAAAUGAUUUAUAUACAUACAGCGCAAGGUAUUUACCGCUGUAUUUAACAUGAUUGCAUUGUCUCGAUUAACGCGAACUUUCUCUCGUUUAUCGCAAAUGACAUUACGCUCGUCGAGUAGUUUAGAAAAGAAAACGGAUCUAUAUCGUCAAUUGUAUGCAAAAAUGUUAGCAUGUGGGCCUAUAACGCUCGCAGAGUACAUGAAGGAGAUCUUGAUUCAUCCCACUGCAGGUUAUUAUACAACUAGAGAUGUUUUCGGGCAAAGAGGCGAUUUCACAACUUCUCCAGAAAUCAGUCAACUUUUUGGAGAAAUUAUGGCAAUUUGGAUAAUCAAUGAGUGGAGAAAGAUUAGCAGAGAUUCUAUCCAACUUGUGGAAUUAGGUCCAGGAAGAGGUACCUUGAUCAAUGAUAUCCUACGGGUAUUCAAGAAACUGAAUCUUUCAAAUAAGAUAUCGAUUCAUUUAGUAGAAAUCAGUCCUGUUUUGUCUGCAAUUCAAGCAGAGAAAUUGUGUACAAAAAGCAAAAGUAUUGAGCCAAGAGUGAAUGAAGACCAAAAGAAUUCUAUUACGCAUUAUAGAGAGGGUGUUACGAGAGAAGAAGUAAAAAUAUAUUGGUAUUAUUCUAUCAAUGAUAUUCCUAGAAAGUUCAGUGUGUUUAUUGCACAAGAGUUCUUUGAUGCUCUGCCAAUACAUAAAUUCCAGAAAACUGACAAAGGUUGGAGGGAAAUCUUAAUAGAUAUAGUGCAAGACUCAAAGGAAGAAAGAUUUCGAUAUGUACUUUCGCAAAUGCCAACGGCUGCUUGUAAAGUAUACUUAUCUCCGCACGAGAAAAGAGAUCAUGUGGAAAUAAGUCCACAGUGUUCUGUGAUAAUAGAUUACAUGUCCCAAUUUUUGUGGGAGCAUGGAGGAUUUGCACUAGUGAUUGAUUAUGGUCACGAGAGGGAAAAGACCGAUACAUUUCGCGCAUUCUGCGAGCAUAAAUUACACGAUCCCUUGUUAAAUCCUGGAACCGCAGAUCUGACUGCGGAUGUUGAUUUUUUAUUAUUAAAAGAGAUUGCACAGAAAGACGACAGAUUAAUCACGUUUGGUCCAGUGACGCAAAGAAAAUUCCUGAAAAGUCUUGGCAUCGAUUUACGGUUAAAAAUGAUUUUACAGAAUGCUUCUAGUAAUCAAAAGGAAUAUAUUGAAUCAGGAUAUCGUAUGAUAACCGAUGAAGAUAAAAUGGGAAAUUGUUUUAAAGUACUGUCCCUCUUUCCUUUUGUUUUAAAAGACCAUUUGAAUAAAUGGCCUGUAGCAGGAUUCGAAGAUGAUAAUAAAACCAAAUCUUGAACUUUAAUUUUCAAGUAGGAAAGAAA